AUGGAGAAUUUUACUUUUUCCUUUGCUCUUUCGAUCAUUUUCUUAAGUAGCUUUGCCUUCUCCUUGAAUUCUAUCAUCACCGAUAAACAUGCUCUUAUUUCCUUCAAAAACUCCAUCACUUCCGACCCUUAUGCUAUUUUGAGCACCAAUUGGUCUCAAAAUACAUCAGUCUGUAGUUGGGUUGGUGUGUCGUGCGGCCUCAAACACAGCCGUGUCACGUCUCUCGAUCUCUCUGGCUAUGACCUUGUUGGAACUGUUGAUCCACAUCUAGGAAACCUAACGUUUCUCAGAUAUUUAGACAUCAGUUCCAACAGUUUCAUGGGGAUCUUACCAUUUGAGCUCUCUAGACUGCGCCGUUUGGAAAUGAUGAAUGUGGGAGUGAAUUCAUUCACCGGAGAAAUACCAACAUGGUUGGGUAAUUUACCUCACCUGGAAGAACUCUCUUUGUACAACAACACUUUCUUCGGUACAAUUCCUGCGUCUUUGUUUAACAUCUCCAUGUUACAAGUAUUAGACUUGUCCAAUAAUCAAUUAAGUGGUUUCAUUCCACAUGUUAUUUUUAACGUGUCUUCCCUUAGAGAAAUUAGAAUUAGAAAUAAUAGCCUAUCAGGCCAGCUUCCAAAUGAUAUGUGCAACAAUAUGCCCAACAUCAAAAGAUUGUCACUCCAUAGGAACCGACUUGAAGGGCAGAUUCCGCCAAGUAUAUGGAAAUGCAAACAUCUUGAGCUGUUAUCAUUAUCCUACAACAAUUUCAUUGGAAGCAUCCCACGUGAAAUUGGAAGACUGGGCUAUCUUACAGAAUUGUACUUGGGGUACAAUAAUGGCUUUCAAGGAGGAAUUCCGGCUGAAAUAGGAAAUGUUUCAAGAUUAGAGAAAUUAAACAUUGCAAGCGCUUCUCUAACAGGAGAAAUUCCAUCUUCAGUCUUCAACAUUUCUUCCUUGACACAGUUGGGAAUAUAUAACAAUAGUUUAUCAGGCCAGCUUCCAAAUGAUAUGUGCAACAAUAUGCCCAACAUCAAAAGAUUGUCACUCCAUAGGAACCGACUUGAAGGGCAGAUUCCGCCAAGUAUAUGGAAAUGCAAACAUCUUGAGCUGUUAUCAUUAUCCUACAACAAUUUCAUUGGAAGCAUCCCACGUGAAAUUGGAAGACUGGGCUAUCUUACAGAAUUGUACUUGGGGUACAAUAAUGGCUUUCAAGGAGGAAUUCCGGCUGAAAUAGGAAAUGUUUCAAGAUUAGAGAAAUUAAACAUUGCAAGCGCUUCUCUAACAGGAGAAAUUCCAUCUUCAAUCUUCAACAUUUCUUCCUUGACACAGUUGGGAAUAUAUAACAAUAGUUUAUCAGGUUGGCUACCAAGUGAUAUGUGCAACAAUAUGCCCAACAUCAAAUUAUUGUUACUCUUUAGGAACCAACUUGAAGGGCAGAUUCCGCCAAAUAUCUGGAAAUGCACACAUCUCGAUGAGUUAGCAUUAUCCUUCAACAAUUUUAGUGGAAACAUCCCGCGUGAAAUUGGAAGACUGAGCUAUCUUACAGAAUUGUACUUGGGGUACAAUAAUGGCUUUCAAGGUCAUAUUCCAGCAGAUAUAUGGAACUGCAAACAUCUUGAGAUCUUGUACUUAUACAACAACAAUCUCAGUGGAACCAUCUCUCGUGCAAUUGGAAAUGCAAGCAUGCUUAGACAGUUGGACUUGUCGUACAAUCAUUUCACAGGUGAAAUUCCAACCUCUAUCACCAAUGCUUCUCAGCUUACUGAUAUAUACUUGAGCAGUAACUCAUUCACCGGUUCUGUUCCCGACUUUGGUAAUCUAAGACAGCUGCAAGUCCUUGGCCUUAGCGAAAAUAAUCUGACUGGAGUAGACUCGCCGAAUCAAGAAUUGGGAUUUCUCUCUUCUUUAACAAACUGCCGCAAUUUGACGUUCUUGGAUAUUAGUAACAAUCCGAUGAUGAAUGGUAUCCUUCCGGCUUCCAUUGGAAACUUUUCUACUUCUCUUUCCAGCUUUUUAGCAUCUAACUGCAGCAUCAGAGGUACAAUUCCUCCUCAAAUUUCCAAUUUGAGGAAUUUGGAGGUUUUUGAUUUAUCCAAGAAUCAACUAGCAGGAUUCAUCCCAACUACAUUUCCAGUGGGUUGUAAUCUUAAGUCACUCAACUUGAAUGGUAAUAAGUUGGCAGGAUUUUUACCCCAAUCUCUUUCCAAUUGUCCUGGUCUGCAGGUUCUCGAUAUUGGAAACAAUAGAAUACAAGACACCUUUCCAGUUUGGACUGGAAAUCUCACUGAUCUUCGCGUCCUCAUAUUGAGAUCCAACAACUUUAGUGGUGCCAUUUCAUCUCACACUUCCAAGAUUAGGCUUCCUUUCCCCAUGCUCCAAGUUUUCGAUGUAUCCCGUAAUGCAUUCAUUGGCAGUCUGCCCCAUGGAUAUAUUAGGAAUUUCAAAGCGAUGAUGGAUGUACAGGAUAAUCAUCGAGGAGAUCAAGGAUGGUUUUCAUUUAGUUAUGGAUACUCAUUGACAUUAACAGUGAAAGGUUUGGAACUGGAAUAUAGGAGAAUUUUGAUAACCUUGACCACAGUUGACAUGUCAUCCAACAGAUUCUCAGGAAGUAUCCCAAACUCCAUAGGAAAUUUGAAUUCCUUGAUAUAUCUGAAUCUGUCUCACAAUUGCCUCACAGGAGGUAUACCUGCAUCUCUUGGAAACAUUACGGAACUUGAGUCGUUGGACCUGUCUUCAAACCGAUUGGAGGGGAAAAUUCCAAGAGAGCUAACAAAGCUCACAUUUCUUUCUGUGAUAAACCUUUCCAUGAAUAAUCUUUCAGGGCUGAUACCCCAAUCGAGUGGCCAGUUUCCCACAUUUGACAAUACAUCAUAUGUUGGGAAUUCUGGACUAUGUGGAUUUCCAUUAACAAGAAAAUGUGAAGAGCCUUCGCCUCGAGCGAUGCUGCAAGAAGAUGAUCAUGAUUAUGGUAUUCUAGAGGGACUCCGUUGGCAAGCUGUUGUUUCCGGAUAUGGAUGUGGAUUUGUAAUUGGUGGUAUUGUGGGUUGUGUGAUUCUUGGAUAUGGAAGGCCUAAAUGGUUGGUGGAAUGGAUCUACAGAUUUUACAGGAUAAAGAUGAGAAGCCGUAGAGGAAAUGUGGCACCACAAAGAAGAAGAAUAUAA